UAUUUAUGAAGGAUAGUAAUUAUAUGAUGUCUACAUCUUUGAUGCAAUGCUUGGAGGAGAUCGGUGGAAAACCCCUCCUUGACUCUAAAUAACCACUUCUUAUUUGAUCAUGAAGAGAUUGGAAAAGGGUUUGACGAGAUAUCACAUUUGCACCCAGAGCCAUCUGAUUUACAUAAUCAUACCAAAUAUGAACAGACUAAUUGGCUCAGAAAUAUUCAUGAACCGUACUCUGAGCCUCCUAAGAAGAGGGCCAAAAAGGAGGCAGAUAAGACCCUUGGUGAAGAUCUCUCCUUCGCUCUCAGUGAAGAGAGCAAGGAUGUGUUAGGAGAGCAUCCUUCUUGGCAUGAAUUAAACUCCGAUAAUCCUAAUCAAAAUAGUAUUCCAAAAUAAAGAAUUAGAAGCAAAAUCCAAAAAGUCAAAUAAGCGCAAAAGGGACUCAAUCAGUACCAGAGUUAAGAAAUGUAGGGAACGAAAGGAGAAAUUUUACAAAGACCUUGAAGCAAGGGCUGCUCGCUUGGAGAAAAAGUGUGAGAUGCUCACCAAAGAGUUGGCUGAUUACAAAACAAAGCUCUCAUUUUAUGAAAACAUGCAGAAUACACCAGGUUCAGCUAAUUUCCAAAGUGUUGAUUCUAAAUUCUUUGAUAAUGUCAGAAAGAAGAUUCAAGAAAGCAAAGAGAGUGACCUUACCAUAGUUAAGGCAUUUGAGAAGGUGGGCAAUCUCUAUGGCCCAUUUGGGCAGGAGAAGCUCAAGGUUCUUGAAAGCUCCUUCAACUGCUUCCUUGAGAAUAUUUUAUCAGGUUCUAAUAUAAAAAUUGCGUUCUACGCUUGAGAGAGUUUUCCGAAAAAUUAUACAGAGUAUCAGAAAUACUUAAAACUUAAGAAAUAUCAGCAACACGAAAAGUUUCCUGACAAGAAUGUCAGGGAGUUUAUAAAUUACCGCCAAAGCUGGCUGAAGACCAAGGUCGAGUUUAAUAACUGGAUCAAGAACAUGAUCCCCGCUCUGAAGAUGAUCAGGGAGGAAAUGAAGGAUGCCAUUGGAACCCUCUUUGAUGCAAGGAUGAACAUAUAUAAAACACUUAUGAGACUUGAUCUCUUCAUGGAGUUUUUACCUAAUCUUCAACUGAAUCGUGAAGAAAUACUAAGGAUUCUUGAAGAAACUAAGCACAGCAACUUUGUAAUCUCUUCAAAGGAAGCCUUAGGUAUCUCAGAAGAAGAGAUUGAGAUCACUGAGACAAUGGAGGUACCGAACAAGAGUAUUUAUAAAAACUAUUUGAAGUUCCAAAAUUUGCUGGCUGAAAAACAGAGGGUGCCAAAACAAUUCAAGAAGACUUAUAAAAUUAGAAACCUAAGUUUUGCUUAA